AUGGGUUCUUGCAGUAUUGGUCAGUGUUCCACUAGCUUUUCCUUUAUCAUUGGGAAGAACAUGGUGGAUGGAAAUGCCCUGAUUGGUUACGUGUUUGCAAAUGUUUCCGUGGCAGGAGUGAUGGAUUGUUACAAAGCAUGCCGACCAAACUGUCGGUGCAUCUCGUUCAACUUCUUGACAAAUACCAACCAGGACAACUGUCAACUGAAUGAAGAAAACAGACAUCUGAAGCCUGAUGCGUUGAAACCAAUGGGUGGUUGGAUGUACUACGACAUGGUUAUUGAAUAUAGGGCUUGUGCCUCGUGUUAUAACAAAUGCUGCAAAGAUCAGCCGUGUCUGAAUGGAGGAACGUGUCGGGAAAACUGUCAGGAGACUGGAAAACGAUUCAUCUGUGAUUGUCCUGUCAAAUAUACUGGCCAGUUGUGUGAAAGUGAUUGCAAUGGUGCUCUUGGUAUGGAGAAUGGUGAAAUAACUGACGCACAGAUCAGUGCCUCUUCGGAAUACGAUAUUGAUCAUGCCUGCGUACAAGGCAGAUUGAACUUCAUGGGAAAUCACAUCAAGCAAGGGGCUUGGGCCGCUUCCCCUAGCGAUGUCUAUCCUUGGCUACAGAUUGAUCUGUUGAAGCGCAACACCCGAAUAACACGGGUGGCAACUCAAGGAAGACAUAACCAUAAUCAAUGGGUAACAAAAUAUUCGCUGCUGUACGCCAAUAAUGACACUGGUAUCUUCCAAUACUACAAAGGACAAGAGCAACAAAAUGCAACUAAGGUUUUUUCUGGAAACUCCGAUCGUCACAGUGUAGUGCAACAUGACUUGAACCCAGUCAUUAAGCAACGUUACAUCCGUUUUCGACCUCUGACUUGGAAGGGAAGGAUUGCAAUGAGGGUAGAGCUGUAUGGCUGCCGUGAUUGUUUUGAAGCCCUCGGUAUGGAAAGUAACGCAAUUUCUGACGUUCAGAUAACUGGUUCUACAGAAGUUAAUAGUAAUUACGCCCCUACACUCGGCAGACUACAUCUGCUGCCUGCAGUACGGGGAUUAAGUGGAGCUUGGGCCGCCGCCGGUGGUGAUACCAACCCUUGGCUACAGAUUGAUCUGAUUAAACAGAACACUAAAGUUACCGGUAUAGCAACUCAAGGAAGGCAUGACGUAUCCCAUUGGGUGACAAAGUAUUCUUUGCUUUACAGUAAUGAUUCACUUGCCUGGCUCUACUACAAAGAACAAGGAGUGAAAAAGGAUUUUACAGGGAACACUGACCGACUUACUGUGGUACCACAUGACUUGAACCCUCCAAUCACCACGCGAGUGAUUCGUUUUCAAGUUCUAACUUGGUACAGCUGGUAUGCGAUGAGGGUGGAACUGUAUGGUUGCCAUGUGACUUGGGCAGGUUGUAAAGCAAAGGCAGAGAAUCUGUACGGCUGUCAAAAUUGCAUGGAAGCCCUUGGCAUGGAGAGCUAUGCAAUUACUGAUUCGCAAAUCGGUGCUUCUUCAGAGUACAAUGGCAUUUACCCUGCAGUUCGAGGCAGACUUCAUCUCAAGACCGUGCCAGGGUGGAGAGGUGACGCUUGGGCGGCUCAUCCGGGAGAUAGCACCCCAUGGCUACAGAUCGAUCUGAUUAAGCAGCGUAUUAAAACUGUCAGGGUAGCGACACAAGGAAGACACGACUCACCCCAAUGGGUGACAAAGUAUUCCUUGUCGUACAGUAACGAUACAAGUAAUUUUUUGUUCUAUAAAGAACAAGGGAAAAGUGCAAACAAGGAAUUCAGUGGAAACACAGACCAGCGCACUGUUGUUUCACAUGACUUGAGCCCAACAAUCACUGCACGUUACAUCCGAUUUCUGGUGCUCACUUGGAAUGCCUGGCCAUCAAUGAGGGUGGAGCUGUACGGUUGCCAUGAUUGUCGUCGCGCUCUUGGAAUGAAAAGUGGUGAAAUUGCUAACGUACAAAUUAGUGCCUCUUCGGAACUCAAUCGUAUUCACGCCGCCAUUCUGGGAAGACUAGAGUCCAGGGUAGUUGGAGACAAGAGGGGUUCUUGGGUAGCCCCCCCAGAAGACCGUAACCCUUGGCUACAGAUUGAUCUGCUGAGGCAGGACACCAAGAUAACACUGAUAGCUACCCAAGGAAGAUAUGACGCCGCACAAUGGGUCACAAAGUACUCGCUGCUGUACAGCAAUAACACAAGUGACUUUAUAUACUACAAGGAACAGGGGCAACGAAAUGCAAAUAAGGAAUUUGCAGGAAACACCGACAGUCACACGGUUGUAUCACAUUUCCUUGACCCACCUGUCACGGCGCGUUAUGUUCGUUUUCAAGCUCUCGCGUGGUACCGAUGGGCAGCAAUGAGGGUGGAGGUGUAUGGUUGUCAUGGUAAUGUCAUAAAUUCCGCCAAACUCUAUUUAAUUUCAAUCACAAGAGAAGAAAUAGUCCAACUGGGGACAUAA